AUGGAAGGAGAGAAUCUGAUAGAAGAUCGCGGCUUUUUGGCCGCUCCUCUGAUAUUCUUCGUCGUCGUCGUCUUCCAGAUGCUAUCUAAGUGGCUCGACCAAUUGAAGAAGAAAGGGUCAAAGAACACGAGGGAAGCAGAGCUGCGAUCCGAAAUUAAGCAGCUUUUGAGAGAGGCCAGUGCAUUGUCUCAGCCAGCCACGUUUGCGCAAGCGGCGAAACUUAGAAGGUCGGCAGCUACGAAAGAGAAAGAACUUGCACAAUAUUUGGAGCAGCAUAACAAAGAAGUUAACCUGUCAUACGAUCUGUAUGGAAAGGUUUUGCUUGCUUCAAAGGUUGUGGUAUACCUAAUCUUAGUAUUUUGGUUCUGGAGGACUCCAAUCGCCAUUAUUGCUAAGCAGCUUGUUCAACCGUUUGGGAAAUUGCUAUCUUGGGGAACGGGAGGUCAUUUGACAGGCCAUGUGAUGGUUGGGAUCAUACCGUGGCUGAUACUCUCAACCAGAGUGAGCAAAUACGUGUGUAGGUUCGUGGAGUUCUAA